AGGCUGUGGCUCAGGGAAGUGGAGUGGGGAUUUUUGUCCAAUUUCGAUGAAAAAACCGACCAAGGAUAAUUGUUUUUCCAACGAAUUUGAGAUCACUUGACUACUUUCCUUCACUUUUGAUGGUCGAGAAUGAAGGGCGGGAGUUAUUGAUAAAUAUUAAAACUGAAAGGGGCCAAUUUGUUGAAACUAAAAGUAGAGGGGGUUAAUUGGGAAAUGACCAUAAGUUGCAGGAGUGAUUUUUUAAUCAACCCUACACUUGGUUGAGAUAUGAAAAUGGCAAGUAUGCAUUUUGUUUUAUAUAGGGUGUAAUUACUGUAUGCAGCACCGUGGUGAGAGGCGAGGCCUAGGGGGUAUAUUUUUUGAUGAUCUUAAUGACUACGAUCAGGAGAUGCUUCUCUCCUUUGCAACUGAAUGUGUCAAUUCUGUGGUUCCUGCAUACAUACCCAUUAUAAACAAGAGGAAGGAUGUGCCGUAUACAGAUCUGCACAAGGCAUGGCAGCAAUUGCGAAGGGGACGCUACGUAGAAUUUAACUUGGUUUAUGAUCGGGGAACAACAUUUGGUCUCAAGACAGGAGGACGGAUUGAGAGUAUUCUUGUUUCUCUUCCACUAACUGCCCGGUGGGAAUACGACCAUCAACCGGAAGAAGGGAGCGAAGAGUGGAAACUAUUGGAUGCUUGUAUCAACCCCAAGGAAUGGAUCUGA